UCUCAAAAAAAAAAAAAAAAAGAUCAAUGGAAAGAAGUUCAUCUCAUGUUGGAAUCGUCAGAGUAGAAUGGGCAAAAUCCAAGUAGGCCCUGCCUAAGCAAAGGUGCAAAGACAGUAAUCAGUUCAGUGUGUGUUAGGGGAAACCAUUUUAAGUUGGGGCUUUGUACACCAGAGAAGUGGAAGUAAACUUAGUUUAGUUCAAAUUGGAGAAGGCCUUCAAUGCCAGACUGAAGAAUUUAGACCUGUACCGCUUUCCCCUAAUUUGGAUAUUGUAUUGUUCAAUGUUGCUAAGCGAUGCAGUCCAGAGUUCUAGACUGUUAACUCCAGUUACUGCGAGUGGCAUACCUGAAGCACAAUGGCUAAUAGAUCAUGUUUUUGUGUCCGAAUCUGCCUUAACACAUGUAUGUGUUUUGUGAGGCUAUGUCAGCACUUCUGCAAUUUCUGGAGUCUCAUUAUUAAGGGCUGUUUUGGGAGAAAGGAAGAAAAACAAGUCCCUUCGGUUAACAGUAUUUUUCACAAAGAAAAAAUUGUGGUAUUCGGCCGUAUAUUGAGGGACAAAUCUCGACCCCUUGAACAGAGGGCCCAAGCUGCCCGGAAAAUUGGACUGUUGACCUUCACAGGAGGACCACCUACUUCGAGAUUUGCAACUGAGUACAUGAAAGAAGUAGCUAACUUGCUGCAAAAUGAAGAAAUCACACCAAGAAUAAAGAUCCUGCUGAUCCAGAGUAUAGCAUGUUGGUGUUACCUAAACCCUGUCAGCCAGAAAAAAGCCCAACAUAUGCAACUUAUUCCUACUUUCAUCCGUUUUUUGGAAAGAAGAUCCAACUCUACUAACCAACGUGAAAUAAAUGAGAACCGCCUCGUUAAAUUUUGGACUUGUUAUGCUCUCUCUGUCAUGACAUGCAACAACUUGUCUAUCGUAAAUGAGCUUAGAGAGCACAAUAGUCUAAAAUAUUAUUUGCAUGAGUUGGCUUAUGAAGUUUGGUUUGGAUGGCCCGAGAAUUUUGCAGAGGUGCUGUAUUUCCUAAUUGGUCUUCACAAGAAUUAGUUUCUCCAAAUCCAGUUAUAUGAUACAACUAUCUGUGCUAUGAUUGUAUUACUCUGGAAAACUAAAAUAAAUAAUAAAAAAUCAA